CCUGCAGGCAGGAGUGGGAAAAGGGUCAUCUCUUUCCCAGAGGGUAACAGUGAUGGCUUAUUGUGCCCGUGUGUUUUCCACUGGUAGAGAAUACCAUGACUGAAGUUGUCCUUUCCACCUCUGUUGUCCAGAAUGAUGUUUUACAGGAAAAAAUAUGUGCUAUGAAGGGGCUGCCACAGAAGUAUAAUUUUUCGCACUGCUGCGGUAAUGAUUUUGAAAGAAGAAGCUGUUUCUUCUUGAACAAGAAAGAUGGUGUAGGAUUUCUGCCUCCUUUCCCUACUCUGGAUCCGGAAGAGAAAUGCCAGGCUUUCAAAAAGAGCUCAGAAUCUUUUCUAAAUCACUACGUGUAUGAAGUUGCCAGAAGGAACCCCUUUGUCUUUGCCCCCACGCUUCUCAGUGCGGCCACUCGCUUUGCAGAGGCGGCUGGAGCCUGCUGUGAAGACCAGCGCGAGGUCGGCUGCUUUCAGAAGAGGGCAGCACCUAUCAUGCAAUAUUUAAGAGCAUUUUCUUCCUAUCAAAAGAAUGUCUGUGGUGCACUUCUGAAAUUUGGACCCGAAGGCUUAAACUCGAUAAACAUUGCUGUACUCAGUCAAAAAUUUCCCAAGGUUGAAUUUCAGGAACUCACUUCCCUCUUAGAAGAUGUUUCUUUCAAGUAUGAUGCCUGCUGUGAAGGGGACGUUGUGGGAUGUAUCCGCAGCUCGAGCAAGGUUGCGAGCCGUAUUUGUUCAAAACAAGAAUCCAUCUCCAGCAAAAUCAAAGAGUGCUGUGAAAAGGAAGUACCGGAGCGUGGAGAAUGCAUAAUCUACUCAAACAAGGACGACAGACCAAAGGAUUUAUCACCAGGAGAAGCAAAAUUCACUGACAGUGAGAAUGUAUGUCAAGGACGAGAUGCUGACCCGGACAACUUCUUUGCUGAGUUCACUUAUGAAUACUCAAGGAAUCACCCAGACCUGUCUAUCCCAGAGAUUCUAAGGAUCACUCACGAGUACAAGGCCCUCCUGACCAGCUGCUGUAACACAGAGAACCCUCCAGAUUGCUACCGGCAUGCGGAAGACAGAUUCAAAAAGACAACUGAGAAAAGCCUCAAGAUAGUACAGCGAGAAUGUGAACAUUUCCAGAACUGGGGCGAGAAUGGCCUGAAAUACCGUUUCUGUUUGGACUCGGCUUUCCUGGGCCUAACCCAGAAUCCCUGGAUCCUGCCCCAUUUGAAAUGUUCAAAACUCCAUUCAAGUCUCAAAAUCACCUCUGGGUUCCAACUCUCAUGGGUACAGGUGGAUUUAGUUCUUGGAGAGUUGUGUGGAGUACAUAAAAACCGAACCAUCAACCCUGCUGUGGACCACUGUUGUAGAACAAACUUUGCCUUCAGAAGAUACUGCUUUGAGGGUCUGGAAGUCGAUAAAACAUAUGUGCCUCCUCCUACUUCUAAAGAUUUAUUUACAUUUCCUGCCGACUUGUGUCAAGCUGGGAAUGAGGAGCUUCAGAGAAGGAAAGACAGGUUUCUUGUCAACCUGGUGAAGCGAAGGCGGGAACUCACAGCUGAGCAGCUGCAGACUCUGUUCACAAGAGUCACUAAGGCGGUGGAGAAGUGCUGCGAGGCAGAGGCCCCCGAGGCCUGCUUUAAGGAAGAGAGUCCUGUCAUUGACGGCUGAAGCCAGGCUGCUUGAGAAACAAAGUAAAAUGCAUCAAAGGUCCUUCAUUCUCAAACAAAUGUCGGGAGCAUUUUCAUCUCAUUUUGUCUCUGUGGCUUCCUCAGGCUUUACUGGUCCACCCCGUGUGCUCUGCAGCUGACAGAGCCCGUCCUGGUCUGUGCUGCUCUCUGGGCGUCAGGCCUUGCCGUGCACGGUGGCUCUGCUGUGUCCACGCCCCACUUCUCCUACUACUCAAGCAGCUUUCGGAGCAGCCUCUGCCUUUCUGCUAUUGUGUUCAGCUGUCUGUACCAAGAGAGUGGAAUCUUUGAAGCUGAUAGAAAUAAGGGGGUACUUGCUCAAGGUUUGGGGUAGGCAGACAGUCUCAGUACCCUGGUUCCAAGACUCAAAAAAAUCUCUCUGAGAUAUGACUGGCACAAUUUUACGCAAACAAAAAGCAAUAUGUUUGUGAUUUCAAAAAGAUGUAUAAGAGAUGCCUUCUGUUUAUGUAACAUAAACUUUAGGAAGAAAAUGUUGCAUAGAUAUAGCAGUGAAAUUCAGUGUUGGGGAAGAGAGGCCUGGACCUCGACAGAGGGUGGGUGUUGGUCCACAAAAGGCAAAACAGUGAAUAAUGCCAGUUAUUUUAAAUAUAUGACUAUCACCCAAGCUACAGCCUUUUAUAGCCUUUUAAUGCAUAAACUGUUAUUUUUUCUUUUUAGCAAUGACCAACUUCUGGGCUUCCUAACUGUCCUGUGGUGAAUUUCAUUUCUUGAGAACAAAGUGAAAGGAUGCUGCUGUGGUCUCGCCCGGAAUCACAAGCAAUGAUUGUGAUUGUUGUCAUAGCAAGCAAUAAACACCAAGUGGUAAAGCCGUU